GUCAUAGUCUUCUUCACAGUCUACAGAGAUGAAGGUCGCAAUUUUGAUAGCUUUGGUUGCUUUGGUGGGUAGCAGCGUUGCCAUGACGUUGGCCCGCAACGAAACUCCACGUUACGGCAAACCCGUGGUGGUCGAUGCCACGCCCAAGUUUGAUGUAUCCAAAUACGAUCACAUUGUGGCUGAGGUGCGUCCAUUGGGCGUUAAGCAUCAGGAGCGUGAAGAGCUGCAGUUUGUUGAUGAGCAGAAGCCCCACCAUGAGGAGCAGCAGAGACCUCAUCACGUCGAGCUGGAGAUCAAGCAGCAGGAACAACAGAAGCCACACCACGUGGAGGUGGAGAUCAAGCAGCAACAACAGGAGCAGCAGAGACCACAACACGUUGAGCUGGAGAUCAAGCAUCAGCAGCGCGAGCAGGAGAGGCCACAACAUCUGGAGUUGGAGAUUGUUGCAGAACAUCAGCAGCACCACAGGCCACAACACGUUGAGUUGGAAUUCCAUCAGCAGCAGCGCGAGCAGGAAUCCCCCAAAGUCAAAGUGGAAAUUCACCAGCAGCAGAAGGAACAGAAGCCACACCAUAUCGAGCUGAAUAUCCAUCAGGAACAACCACAAGAGCGUCCUCAUUAUGUCGAUGUGGAGUUCAAGCCUCAGCGUCCUGAGCCACAUCACAUCGAGCUGGAGCUGGUGGCCAACCAGCAUCAGCAGCAGCCACAGAAAGUCCAGUUUGCAAAUCCUCAGGACUUCGACAUGCUGCCACAUCAUCUGCAAUUGGCUCUUUAAGUGAGGCGUUAGACAGACGGCCCACAGCCGCAGUUUACAAUUUCCGGUGUAGAAAACUUUUGCUGAAAAUUGAGAAAACUCCAUAAUAAAAGAAAAACAAAACUGCUGCAUA